AUGUCCACCGCGGACGAACAGGCGGCGCGACCGAAGCGUAAGGCAUCCGAGUCCCUGAGGGCGCGGCAGGGUCGAGGUCGGAGCGCGCCCUCGAGCGCGCACUACGUGGGAUACGUUCAGGAUGACGAGACACCGGAAAUGAUUAUGAAAAAGUUUGAGGAGAUGGAGCGCAUACGCUCGGCAAAGGGCGCGAUGAGGGGCGAGAACGAUGACGGCGAUAAGGAGAAUAAGGAGGGUGCGACGAACGUGAGCGAUGACGCGGCGAUGGAGGACGGUGACGGGGCGUUGAGCGAAGAACAACUGAAGGAGUUGUUCAAAAACACGUCAACGUUCUCGGUGCGAGAGGCGGUGCGAGACUCCAACGCGCUCUACGGAGACGCGAUCGUGCUCGACGAUGGCGCCAUGUACUUCUCCGACGAGGAAGAUGAGGACGAGUUCUGGGAGACUCUGACGGGGAAGAAGCGCCGAGGCAAGAAGGGACCGCGCGCGCCAAGAGCACCAAGAGCACCAAGAGAACCCAAGGCGGCGAACUCGCACAUGAUCACGGCGUACAAUAGUGAUCAAGGAUUGUUCUUGCGCAAGAAGAAAUUCAUUGAUCCGGCGGAGCCAGUGAUCAUCAAGGUUCCACCGCACCCGAUCACCACGAGCUGGGGACGAGUGAUUGAACCGUACGUGCCCAAGUCAGUGCGAGAGGCAAGGCUGGCGCAAGUUCCGGACUGUGUGCACAUGCAAAAGAAUAUCAAGUCAAUGAAGUACGAAACGCUGGGCACGGAUUAUUUGGGGGUACUGCUUAACCCGCCGUGGGACAUUGAGAACUCGCCGGAUCGCGGCGACGUCACCGUCGAUGACAUUGAAGCCAUUCCGCUCGAGAAACUCACCCCACUCGGCUUCAUCUUCAUCUGGGUCGAGAAGGAGAACUUAUCCAAAGUGUGCGACGUCAUGCAUGAGAAGAAUUUCGUUUAUGUGGAAAACUUAACGUGGGUGCAUCUCAAGCCAAACAACACAAUCGUCGAGUCCGCGGCCCGCUAUCUUGGUCGCUCGCACCGAACACUUCUCAUUUUCCGACGGGAUGUUCGCGACAAACGAUUCGUUGAAGGGAAGAAGAUCGAAUUGCGGCAUCAGCGUAACUCGGAUGUCACGCUUGACAUCAUCCAAACGACGAAGAGCGGCCGUCGCGCCAUUCCCGAACACGUGUACAAGUCUAUCGAGACUCUUUUGCCGAAGGCAUAUGAACCGGGCACGCCGGGUAAACUUCUCGAACUUUGGGCUGAACCAGGCGCUAAGCGUGCUGGCUGGACGUCUGUUGCCGAUUCGCCGUAG